UGUUCUUUGACAGGUGACAUCUACAAACUGCCCGAUGGAGAAAUAUGAAAAGCUGGCCAAAAUUGGCGAGGGCUCCUACGGCGUGGUGUUCAAGUGCAGACACAGAGACACCAGCCAGAUAGUCGCCAUCAAGAAGUUUGUGGAAUCUGAAGAUGACCCCGUCAUUAAGAAGAUUGCAUUGCGAGAAAUACGUAUGCUGAAGCAGCUGAAACAUGUGAAUCUGGUCAACCUGCUGGAGGUCUUCAGGAGGAAAAGACGGCUCCACUUGGUGUUUGAGUUUUGUGAGCAGACGGUCCUCAAUGAGCUGGACAAACACCCCCGAGG